AUGGCUGUCGCUGCCGCUCAUGACGACCUCUUCACCAGAGCCGUCUCUGGCUAUCGGGAUGUCUUUUGGAACCAACAUCAACACCUCUCGGAGUCGGAACGAAAUCGGCUUUGGACACAGCGACUCAGUCAGUUUAUCACAAACGAAAGUGCUUCGUCUUCCAAAGACUUCUCAGCACAGCUUACAACUGGAUCACCCCCGGACACUUUGGGUAAACGGACUCGACAAGGUGCACCACGGACUGUCUCUGAAGUUCCUUCCUCUGCGAAGCGACGUGCAACCAAUGCGGAUCCGACUGGUGCCGCCAAAGUACAUCGCCCUGGCACAUCCACGUCUAUGAAUACGUCCCCAGUCGCAGUUUCUUCAAGCGUCCCAAGCCGACGGCCAUCCACGACAACGAAGAGCACUAGGACUGUAAUAAAUAUCCCCGCCAACCACAAAACCAACGGACCGCCUCCUCGUACCGUCAGCAUGGCACGCUCGCAGAGUCACCAAAUUUCGUCCACCAAACAACAAAGGCCGGCCACUCAGGAGACGCGGAGACUGUCGGCCGAAUCUGCCAUGUACAGGCACAACACCAACUUAAACGUGCACGAAUAUUCGCCUUCGGAGUACACGGAGCAGUGUUUGGAAGAAGUUUCUGGUCAAGGUACCCCAACCUUUGCUCUGCCCAUUUCUCCUGACAUUGAUAUGGCCGUGUCAUCACAAGGCAGUAUCGAUAUGCAGCAGCAGCAACCGUUUCAACACGCUCAAAUGCAGCAACCUCAUUUUUCAGGGGUGGCCAAGGUGCCAGCCAUGUCCGACCAAUUGACGGUCGCGACUAUGCAAGCCACUGAGAUGAGCCGUAGUACUACGACAGAUUCUAUUGCUGGAGGUCUGGACAUGUUCCGAUUCGAGUCCUCAGGACCGAAUCUAGAACAUGUACCAGACAUUCCUUUUCCUUCUGAUUUUCUUGCCCUACAGUCCACUUCGGACGUAGGUUUUCAUUCUUCUUCUUCUGCUUCUAUUUCUCCAAUUGGUAACAUGAAUCAUGUUCCAAUUGCUUCAUCUGAUCCUUCUCUCAUAUUGUCUUCGUCUGCACCAAAUCCUGUAUCCUUUUUGUCGUCGUCUGCUUCGUUGGCACCUUCAUCUGCAUCCGUGGAGAUGAAGGCUUCUUUUUCUACCGAGAGCAAUGCCUCGGGUGUGUCUAUGACACCGCAGUCUAAGGCUGCACGCCGUACAUCUGAACAAAUGGUUCAGAGUACUCGGCUUCUUGCACCAAAGGUGCCGUCUUCUAACAAAAGCAGCCCACUGACGGGAAAGUCGAAAGACCAACAUCGGAUGAUUCGCAUCUCAUCUGAAGAUGGCACUUCCAAAGAGGUUGCUGCCAUUCCCAAAGCAUCUUUUCAGCGGCCGCCACGGCCCAAGACGUAUUGCCAUCUCUGUAGUGACCAGCCGGAAGGCUUUCAUGGAGAACAUGAAUUGCGGCGCCAUAUCGAGCGCGUCCAUUCGGUGGUACGCAAAGUCUGGGUGUGUGUCGAUAUCUCCCCGGACAAGACAUUUCUUGCCAACUGCAAGGCGUGUCGAAAUGGCAAGCGAUAUGGGGCCAACUACAAUGCGGCGGCACACUUGCGACGAACGCAUUUCAACCCUUGCCAGCGUGGCCGUGGCGGUCGUGGCAAGGACAGCGAGAAGCGUGGUGGCAAGGGCGGUGGUAAUCACCCUCCCAUGGAUGUUUUGAAACAUUGGAUGGAGCAGAAGGAGGAAGUGGUGCUCGAAAAUGCUCCAUUUCUCCGGGAGGAUGAUGUAUCCCCAGCCGACCUUGCUGCCGCUUCUUCUGAUGUCCUUGCUAACUCUGCUGCGGGCCAGGCUGGUGUAGGUGCUGUUACUACGGCAGCAGACUUGCAACAACCCGACAUGUCUACCGAAUUUGAUGCGACAUUGCUCGAGUGGGAUCCUUCUAUGGCCAUGGGUCACGAGUAUGCGAUGAGUUCUGAGUCUGAUCCAAUGAUGAACCUGAUGCCCGGGCCAUCGAUGGAUCAUCAUUACUAUCUGAACUCGCAGCCCUUGAUCGUGGAAGAUCCGUAUCUCGUGCAGACCGUUGUAUAA